AUGAUGAUGCACGAUUCUGAGGAGGAGGAAGAGCAGACCGCGCUCGUCUGCGACAACGGAUCUGGUCUCGUCAAGGCCGGUUUCGCUGGUGACGAUGCUCCCCGAGCUGUCUACCCCUCCAUCGUCGGCCGACCCCGACAUCAGGGUGUCAUGGUCGGUAUGGGCUCCAAGGACUCCUACGUCGGUGACGAGGCCCAGUCCAAGCGAGGUAUCCUCACCCUCAAGUACCCCAUCGAGCACGGUAUCAUCACCAACUGGGACGAUAUGGAGAAGAUCUGGCACCACACCUUCUACAACGAGCUCCGAGUCGCCCCAGAGGAGCACCCCACCCUCCUCACCGAGGCUCCCCUCAACCCCAAGGCCAACCGAGAAAAGAUGACCCAGAUCAUGUUCGAGACCUUCAACGUCCCCGCCAUGUACGUCUGCAUCCAGGCCGUCCUCUCCCUCUACGCCUCCGGCCGAACCACCGGUAUCGUCCUCGACGCUGGUGAUGGUGUCUCCCACAACGUCCCCGUCUACGAAGGUUACGCCCUUCCCCACGCCAUCAUGCGACUCGAUCUUGCCGGCCGAGAUCUUACCGACUACCUCAUGAAGAUCCUGACCGAGCGAGGUUACUCCUUCGUCACCACCGCCGAGCGAGAAAUCGUCCGAGACAUCAAGGAGAAGCUCUGCUACGUCGCCCUCGACUUCGAGCAGGAAAUGGCUACCGCCGCCUCCUCCUCUUCCCUCGAGAAGUCCUACGAACUCCCCGACGGUCAGGUCAUCACCAUUGGUAACGAGCGAUUCCGAUGCCCCGAGACCCUCUUCCAGCCAUCCUUCAUCGGCAUGGAAUCUGCUGGUGUCCACGAGACCACCUACAACUCCAUCAUGAAGUGCGAUAUCGACAUCCGAAAGGAUCUCUACGCCAACAACGUCCUCUCUGGCGGCACCACCAUGUACCCCGGUAUUGCCGAUCGAAUGCAGAAGGAAAUCACCGCCCUCGCCCCAUCCACCAUGAAGAUCAAGAUCAUCGCUCCCCCAGAGCGAAAGUACUCCGUCUGGAUCGGUGGCUCCAUCCUCGCCUCCUCUCCACCUUCCAGGCCAUGUGGAUCACCAAGGCCGAAUACGACGAAGCCGGUCCCUCCAUCGUCCACCGAAAGUGCUUCUAAGUGCCUUUCUCGCCCACUUUACACCCUUUUUUAUUGUUUGUUGAUUCCAUGUUUGAGCGAGCAGAUAAGCAUUUUUGUACAAUAA